CAAAAUCUAAGUUCUCCCUGCUGAUCUCGGUCUGAGUAACUACCCAGGGCUGGCAGUCCCUUGGGUAAAAAACAUGCAGCUGUCAAGCACAUAACAAUAGUGUGGAGACGCCAGGCUCUUCUGCUAUACAUGUGGGAAGGCUGCACAGAAUUUGAAAGGAGACUAGUCCAAGUUGAAGAGGUUUGCAUGGACCCUGAAUCACCCACCAAGCAAGGGCUGUCCUGAAUAAGAAGGGAUAAAAGCGAAGUCACACAAGAAUCAGCCAUGAAGUAGGCAGAAUAUAGAGAAAGGGAGAGAAAGAACAGAUUAGACAGAGAGAGGCUGGUAGCAAGAUGAUCAGUUUUAUCGUUACAGAACUUUAUAAAUUCAUGUAAUGUGUUUUGAUCAAUUCCACCGCAUUCCCCCCUCUAAUUCCUUCUCUAGCCCUCUCCUUUCCCUCCCAGCGUCAUGUCCCCUCUCCUCGCAGUGAAAUGUCCUUGUCCUAUCUAGCAAGUUCUUCAUGUCCCCUCUCCCUGCAGUGAAAUGGCCUUGUCCUAUCGAGCAAGUACUGUUUCCUGCAGAUGCCCGCUGCCUCCAAUCUUUCCAAUCUCUUUUCUGAUGCUCCCUGGGCCUGGAGGGGAGAAGGUAUGAUAUAGGGAUCCCGUUGAAAUCUAGUCACAUAGUGAAUUAUCUGAAGCAUAAAAUAUCUAAACACCCCAAAUAAAAGUAGAUUCUACUAUAUACUAGUGACAAGGAGCCCCUCAUCCCCGCUAAUUUUUAAAUAAGCACACAGGAGAGUCAGUGUCACUGCCAACCAAGCCAUUGAAAUAGUUUAUUUCUCAUUUGAUUUUUCCUAUCUCGAGUGUCCAGUAGCUACCAGUGGCCCAUGGGUGCCUUGUUAGAUGGCACAGAACGCCGGACUGUGGAGCUCUGCAGUGCCACUGGGUAGAUGGGUGGGUCCCUGUGUGCUCCCCUCUCCACACUUUCUCCCCCACGCUUUCUCUGCGGCUCUCUCUUCUGGGUUCAGCACUGCUGUAAAAUCAGAGAAGGCCACAGGACCUUUCCAGAGAGUCAAGCGACAAUGGCAGCCCAGUACGAUGGUGUGGGAUUCACAACCGGAAAGCCCAGGACCAGCUACAGUGAGAGGAGAGCUUGGAGACCAAGACCAGAAAAAUUCCCAACUGAGAAUUGUCUUACUGGGAAAAACGGGAGCAGGAAAGAGUGCAACAGGGAACAGCAUCCUCGGGGAGAAGUUCGAGGAUUGCUACUGUUUGUUCAACAACAAAGCAUCAGGAACUGAACAGGAGGACCAAAGGACACAGCUGUUGACCUUGGUCCAGUGCAUGGUGAUGGAAAAUGGAGGAAGCUGCUUUACCAACAAGAUGUACGGAAGUGCUGAGAAAGGGAUUCAGAAACAAACCCGGGAGAAGCAAGAGCAUUACAGAGAGGAGCUGGAAAGAGAGCGAGCGCGGCUAAGAGGUGAGUAUGGAGAGCAGAUUAGAGACCUGAAAGGUCAGCUGGAGAGGGGGAGGAGAAAGGCACAGAUGGAGAGGGAGUUCUCCAGAACAGAGGCUUACUACACAGAGAGACAGCAAAAUGCUAGGAGGGAAGUGGAGAACCAAAACGGGAUACUUGAUAUGAUCUUAAAACUAUGGGAGGUUGCUUACUUUAUCAUCGGUCAGUUCAUGCAAGAUUACUAAGACCUGGUCUGUAAGUCUAGACCUCAUCUGCUUUCUGCGUUUCUUCCUGAUAACUGUGCCCACCCCUCACUGUCCAAAUGCUCUAGUUUCCGUCCUCCAGAACUAAGGAGUAAAAGGCACCUUUGGCAGUUGGCGGA